GGGCGUGCUUGGCACGGCGCCGCGCACCGCAGCCCCGACACAGCAGGAGAAGACAGACAUGGCGGCGGAUCCUAACCCGGACUGGCUCUCCUGUCUUCCCCCUUCUUGGAGUUACGGCGUCACCCAGGAUGGACGCCUGUUCUUUAUCAACGAAGAAGCGAAGAGUACAACCUGGCUGCAGCCUGUCAGCGGGGAGGCUGUAAUAACGGGGCACAGGACAACUCCAGAUUUGCCAACAGGAUGGGAGGAAGGCUACACAUUUGAGGGCGCUCGUUGCUUCAUCAAUCACAAUGAGCGAAAGGUGACCUGCAAGCACCCUGUAUCAGGAGGCCCCUCUCAAGACAACUGCAUCUUUGUUGUAAAUGAACAUGCAAAAUUUGGAACGUUUGUCCAUCCUGAUAAGCCCCUUGAGGCUGACACCAGGACAGCUCCAAAGACAGAGCAGGACAACGGUGACAGUAAGGACCGUCACAUGAGCACCAUGAGCGAAGCGUCUAACUACACAGGGGGCUCAGACAACAGCACCUUUGCUGAGAGCCCUGCCACCACAGUGACCCUCUCUUCUUCGUUCACGCGGCCCUCAAGGUCUUCCAAAAAAGUUCACAACUUUGGCAAGAGGUCCAACUCCAUCAAGAGGAAUCUCAAUGCUCCAGUUGUCAAAAGCAACUGGCUUUACAAACAGGACAGUACUGGCAUGAAGCUGUGGAAGAAGAGGUGGUUUGUCCUCUCAGACAUGUGCCUUUUCUACUACCGUGAUGAAAAAGAAGACAGCAUCCUGGGCAGUAUCCUGCUGCCAAGCUUUCAUGUCUCCAUGCUGUCUGUGGAUGACCACAUCAGCAGGAAAUAUGCCUUCAAGGCCACUCACCCCAAUAUGAGGACGUACUAUUUCUGCACCGACACGGCCAAAGAAAUGGAGUCCUGGAUGAAAGUCAUGACAGAUGCAGCGCUUGUCCACAGUGAACCCACCAAAAGGUUGGACUCGAUGAAAGUAGAUCAGCGCGCACCUCAGGAGCUUAACAACAUACAGAAUAACAGAGUCUUCCGCCAUCCCGAGGUGGAGAACAAUGAGCGAAAUCGGAAGCCUGUGCAUCAAAACUGUUUAUCAAAGAUGGACGACAAGCGGCUAAAAGAUGCAGAGAAAAUUCACAGCCAGAAGGAACAAGAGUACUACACAUUACAGAAAGACGUGGACAGGUAUUGUUUAAAGCAGGACGGAGUAAACUACAUCCAUCGCAAGGAUGAAGAAAAGUACCACUUUCACAGGGACCUGGGAAAGUCCUCUGUACAGAAAGUGGAUGAAAAAUACACAGUGACACCAGCUGACAAAAACUACGCUCACACUAAAGUUGAUGAUAAAUAUUUUCUCGCAAAAGAUGGGGAGAAAUAUGCGCUGCAAAAAGUUGGAGACCGGCCCAGUCUGAUGAAAGACACACAUAAAUACAUCCCUCAAAGGGAAGUGAGGAGACAGCUGUCUUUAAAAGAGACGCCAAAUAAAUAUGGCACGUUACAAGUUGUGGACAAAUACGGCACUUUGAAGGAAGUUAGGAAAUAUAGUACACUCCGAGAAGGGGAUAAAUACGCUAACCUGAGAGACCUGGAAAAGUAUGCGACGCUCCGUCAUGGUGAUAAAAUUUGCUUUCAGCAAGCUCCUGUAGCUGAGACUUCUCGCACUAAGCUCAAGCUGCAGCCAGCUCAGGCAGCUGCCAUUGCAGCGGCAGUGUCUGCAUCCCGCCAAGGCCAGCAGGCCAACGUUACCCUGUCAAAGCCCGCACACGUCACUGCAUCGGGGUCAGGAGAUCAUACAAGCGACUGCAGUCUGGCAGUGGAACGUGAAAACCAGGCUACAAGCCGAGUGACACCAGUCCAGGAACAAGCGAGGAUGUCCAGAAGCAACUCUUUUCAGCAGUCGGAGCACUCAACACGGACACACAGGGCAAGAGGGACAGAAGAGGACGUCAGAAGCAUUAACUCCUACCAGACCUUGCCUAGAAACAUGCCUAGCCACCGUGCUCAGCUGGUUCCCAGAUACCCGGAGGGCUACCGCACACUGCCCCGUAACAGCAUGAUAAGACCUGACAGCAUCUGCAGUACAGCAGGCUCUGUGUACGACCGGGCUCUUCGACCCGCCUCAACCAGCACUGUCACCAUGGCAGAGAAGAGGAGAUCGAUGAGGGACGACACCAUGUGGCAGCUGUAUGAGUGGCAACAGAGGCAAGCCUUCUCCCGGCAAAGUCUGGCUCAGCCAGCAGGUCAUUAUGGCACCCUUCCCAGCACAAAGACAAUGGGCAACAUAUCAGAACAUUCGGCGGUACACUCUAUUCCCGCCUCACCAUCUCACGGCUCAUUAGCCCUCUACAACACCCUCCCCGCUCCCUGCCAGCAAAGUGUUCCCAACGCCAACAGCUCCUUCUCGGAGGCGUCGUCACCGCUCGUAAGAGAAGAUGGGACACUUGAGCGUCGGCACAGGACACACCUAGCCAAGUUUGGAAGCACACUAGAUCGCCGACCUGCAGUAGCCGGUGUACCUCCCCAGCCAACUACUCCUCAGUCACUACAAGGCAAGACGCCUGAGGAACUCACACUGAUGCUGAUCAAGCUCCGUCGGCAGCAGGCAGAGCUCAACAGCCUGCGGGAGCACACAGUAGCCCAGCUAAUGGCCCUGGGCAAGGAGGGGCCCAACCCCAAGACUGAUGUUCUUUCCCACCAUCUUCAGAGGAACCUUGUUUACCUCCAAAGCCAGAAAAAGGAGAACGAACCACUUAUCUUCAUGAUUCACACUAUGAUCGAGAACUCUGCACCAAGGCCGCAACUCUACCAGCAAAUCAGCCCAGACGAAUACAAAGACGGCUCUUUGGUCCAACACAACGAGGACAUAGAUGCCAAACUGAGCAGAUUAUGUGAGCAGGACAGAGCUGUGAGGGUGCAAGAGGAGAAACUGCAACAACUACAUCGAGAAAAGCACACUCUGGAGACAGCGCUGCUGUCUGCCAGUCAGGAGCUAAAUGAACAGAGCAAUUCCAGUACUUCAGCUGCCCAAAGCCUGGUUCAACAGAGAGACGUGUUACAAAACGGUCUGCUGAGCACCUGCCGGGAACUGUCUAGAGUCAAUACGGAGCUGGAACGUUCGUGGCGGGAGUACAAUAAGUUAGAGGGUGAUGUCACCUUGGCCAAGUCUAACCUUUUGGAGCAGCUGGAAGCCCUGGGCAGCCCACAGACAGAACCUCCAAGCCAUCGACACAUUCAGAUCCAGAAGGAACUAUGGAGGAUCCAGGAUGUGAUGGAGGCACUGAGUAAAAACAAACCACAGCGCAGCACAGAUAGCACAGAUUGGUCUGAUUCCAAGCCACUCUCUAGUCUACAAAAGAAUGAGGCAGUGACGUUGCUGCCACUCAGUCCUCUCAAGGACAACAAUGGCCUUCCCCCUCGUCCUCCACUUCCACAGUACUACUAUUCAUCAGAGCACCCCCCUCACUUGCACCCCCACCAUCCAAACUCCAGCGGUCGUCCACCUCCUUACACACAACGUCCUGAGGACCGCAAAACCGGCUCUAGGAAUGGCCCGCACUGUGUAAGGGCAUCAGAAAAGCAAGGUCCAGACUAUCGGUUAUGUAAGAGUGAACCUGAGCUGACCACAGUCAAAGAGGAAGUAGACGAGGCCAACAGCGAGAACAAGGACAAGAAUGAAAGUGCCCUGGAGAAUGACAAUAUUGUAGCCUCCAAAGCUGUUCCCCCCUAUCCAGUGGGCAUUGUUCCCCCUAGGACCAAAUCUCCCAUGAACCCUCCCGAGUCCACAACUAUCGCCUCCUACGUCACCCUGAGGAAGACCAAAAAGCCAGAAUCCCGAUCGGAUCGACCCAGAAGUGCAGUAGAUCAGAUUGGCUAUGGCGAGAGAGAAGUGGGCCGACACAGGAUGAGUGUUGAGGAGCAGAUGGAAAGGAUGCGGAGACACCAAGAGGCCUCUUCUCUGCGGGAGAAGAAGAGAGAGGCCCUAUCCCGCUCACAUUCUUUUAGCAAAGAUGACCCCUAUGUUAUGCUGCAGGCCCGAGCCCAUACAGAUGGAGCCUGUGCGGACCCAGUGGAGUUGGAAGCGGCCCUGCAGCAACUGAAGAUGGCUCAUAAUGAGCAGAAUACAGAGAGCUGGCUGACUACAUCUCAGGAGGUGCAGAGAGUAGAGGAGGCGGAAACUGACAAAUGUGAAAAAGCAUCGCAGGACAGGGAAAUUAGGACGGAGAGUAUAUAUCCCCUGCAACCUGAGGCCAACAACAACACAGAAAAUGAGCAGUGUGAGAGGCAGAGGGCAAUGAUUUUGGACCUGGGGAUUGAGACCCACCAUGUGGAGAUUGUAAACCUUUGCCACAUUGAAGAUGAAAAAAGCACAGAAGAAGAUAUGCCCUGCUCCCUUACAAACGCCAAUGAAAAUAGGUUCCAGAGUCCUGAUCCACAGACGCCAAGCCCUGAGCGAAAAGGGGAGGCAGAUGUGAUGCAACAAACCAUCAGAGAGGAGAAGCUAGAUAAAAGCCAAGAAUCCUUCAAGCAGAUAACAGCAGAUGACAAGAAACACAACAAUAACAAUUUGUUAGCUUCACCAAUGUACACCAUGGUAAGCAAUGACACGUGAGUGCCCACCUUGACGUCCAUGGCGCCGUUCCAUAGAGUCCAAAUGUAGCAAGUUUCCAGCAGUAUGACGACAUUAUGCCUACAAGAAAAGUGAACAUUUCCAGCACACUUUUCAAAACACCAUCAUUUAAUGCAUACUCAUAUCCUGUUAUAUUCCAUUUUUUUAAUACAAAGUAGGAUGUGUUUACAUAUCUACAUAUUUAUAGACAUGCAUGAAUGUACACAUACUCAGUCAUAUAGACAGUAUGUACAUGUGUAUAUACAGUAUCAGUAUAUGUACACUCACACAUACAUUUUAUCAUAUAUAUGACUGACUGUGUGUGUACAUACUGUAUAUGUACAUUCAGUAUAUAUGUAUGUGCAAAAUAUGUACUGUAUAAAUGUAUAUACAAUCGAUAUGUACUGUAAAUGUGUGCAUACAUGUGUACAUAUGUAGGUGGAGUUACAGGUGAAGAAGGUCUGCUUGGAUGUAGCUCAGCUUCUCACAGCUGAAGUUUUUCUAACGAGCUCUUUAGUCAACACUGAAUCAACAAUAUUGAUUGCAGCCAAGUAGUAUGUUCCGUUCCUCAUGUUAUUCAUCAACAGUUGCUAAGUUUUCGUUGAAAAAUAUGAAGUACAAGUGUACAAGGAAUGUUGAUGUACAAAACCGGAACCAGUGAAGUUGGAGUGUUGUGUAAAUCGUAAAUAAAAACUGAAUAAAAUGAUUUGCAAAUCCUUUUCAACUUAUAUUCAAUUGAAUAGACUGCAAAGACAGGAUGUUUAAUGUUCAAAUUGACAAACUUAUUUUUUUUUUUGCAAAUAAUCAUUAACUUAAAAUUUAAUGGCAGCAACACAUUGCAAAAAAGUUGGCAGAGAGGCGUGUUACAUGGGCUUUCCUUUAACAACACUCAGUAAACGUUUGGGAACUGAGGAGAGCAAUUGUUGAAGCUUUUCAGGUGGAAUUAUUUCCCAUUCUUGUUCGAUGUACAGCUUAAGUUGUUCAACAAUCUGGGUUCUCCGUUGUUGUAUAUCACGCUUCCUAAUGCACCACACAUUUUUGAUGAGAGACAGGUCUAGACUACAGGCAGGUCAGUCUAGAAGUAGCACUCUUUUACUACAAAGCCAUGCUCUAACACAUGCAGAAUGGGGCUUGGCACUGUCUAGCUGAAAUAAGCAGCGGCGUCCAUGAAAAAGACAUUGCUUGAAUGGCAACAUAUGUUGCUCCAAAACCUGUAUGUACCUUUCAGCAUUAAUGGUUCAUUCACAGAUGUGUAAGUUACCCAUGCCCCCGUACCAUCACAGAUACUUGCUUUUGAACUUUGCACUUAUAACAGUCCGGAUGGUUCUUUUCCUCUUUCGCCCGGAGGACACGACAUCCAGUUUCCAAAAACAAUUUUUAAAUGUGGACUUGUCAGACCACAGAACACUUUUCCACUUUGCAUCAGUCCACCUUAGAUGAGCUCAGGCCCAGCGAAGCCUGAGGCGUUUCUGGGUGUUGUUGGUAAAUGGCUUCUGCUUUGCAUAGUAGAGUUUUAACUUGCACUUACAGAUGUAGCGACGAACUGUAGUUACUGACAGUGGUUUUCUGAAGUGUUCCUUACCCCCUGUGGUUAUAUCUUUUACACACUGAUGACGGUUUUAGGGAUCAAAGGUCACAGGCAUUCAAUGUUGGUUUUCGGCCUUGCCGCUUACGUACAAUGAUUUCUCCAGAUUCUGUGAACCUGAUGAUAUUACAGACCGUAGAUGGUGAAAUCCCCAAAUUCCUUGCAAUAGCUGGUUGAGAAAUGUUGUUUUUGAACUGCCAAUUUGCUCACGCAUUUGUUCACAAAGUGGUGACCCUCGCCCCGUCCUUGUUUGUGAAUGACUGAGCAUUUCAUGGAAGCUGCUUUUAUACCCAAUCAUGGCACCCACCUGUUCCCCAUUAGCCUGUUGACCUGUGGAAUGUUCCAAAUAAGUAUUUGAUGAGCAUUCCUCAACUUUCUCAAUCUUUUUUGCCUCGUGUGACAGGUUUUUUUAAACAUGUUGCAGGCAUCAAAUUCCAAAUGAGCAAAUAUUUGCAAAAAGUAACAAAGUUUACCAAUUCAAACGUUAAGUAUCUUGUGUUUGCAGUAUAUUCAACUGAGUGUAGGUUGAAAAAGAAUUGUAAAUCAUUGUAUUCUGUUUUUAUUUACGACACAAGGUGCCAACUUCACUGGUUUUGGGUUUUGUAAUAUGAAAUAUAUAUUUUGGUUUGUGUUUUGCAAAUGCAUUGCAAUACUUAAAAGUUGCGGUGCUGCCAGCCUGCUUGUCACGAAAGUUGCCAACGUGGUGGCAUCAAUAACAACGCAGUACAGAAAGAGUAUGUUUAAUGAUGCACAUCAGUGAAAGACAAAAAAAUGCUUAACUACAUUAGUUUAUAUGAAGGAGUAUUCAUGCCACAGGGAAACCAAAACAGAAGAGAACAAAUGAAAAGUUGGAAUCUUAAAAGUUCAUAUUAUGAAAGUAGGUUUUAACUUAGUUUAAAUAAAAUUUCCAUCCAUCUUCUUCCGCUUUAUCCAGCUCCUCCCAGGGGAUCCUGAGGCGUUCCCAGGCCAGAUCGGAGAUAUACAGUAGUCUUUCCAACGUGUCCUGGGUCUUUCCCGUGUCCUCCUACCAGUCGGACGUGUCCUAAACACCUCCCUUAGGAGGCGUUCGGGUGGCAUCCUGACCAGAUGCCCGAACCACUUAAUCUGGGUCCUCUCGAUGUGGAGGAGCAGCGGCUUUACUUUGAGCUCUUCCCGGAUGGCAGAUCUUCUCACUCUAUCUCCAAGGGAGAGCCCCGCCACCCGACGGAGGAAACUCAUUUUGGCCGCUUGUACCUGUGAUUUUGUCCUCUCGGUCAUGACCCAAAAUUCAUGACCAUAGGUGAGGAUAGGGAUGUAAAUUGACUGGUAAAUUGAGAGCUUUGCCUUCCGGUUCAGCUCCUUUUUCACCAUGACGGAUCGACCCAGCGUCCGUAUCACUGCAGGGGUCGCAUUGAUCCGCCUGUCGAUCUCACGAGCCACUCUUCCCUCACUCGUGAACAAGACUCAGAGUUACUUUAACUCCUUAACAAGCCAAAAAACAUAAUCCCACAAAAAUGAUUUCUUAUUUGUUUUAAAAUAUAAUUUUAGGAAAAAAACUAUUUCCUAAAAACAUAGUCUCAUGAAAAAUAAGUCUUAUAGUUUUAUGGAUUGUAUUUUCAUUUAAAACAUAAUCUCUCCAAAAACAUAAUCUUAUUGAAUUAUUUUUUUUGUUAAAGACAUUCCAAAAAAACAUUGUUUUAAACAUAACCUAAUGAGAAGAAAAAAUACAUUUAAAAAAAUUAACUCCUCCCCCAAAACAAUUUAGGACAUAAUUUCGCACAAAAAAAGCUUUUGUUUGACAUAAUCUUCCAAACAACUGAAUCUCAUGAAAAAAACAGACUUUUUUCGAUAUAUAAUUUUACUGAAAAACAUUUCUUAAAACAUCUCACGGAAAAAAUACUCUGCAAGACAUCUCUUAAAAACAUUUUUUUUAAAAACAGUACAUCUCUAAAACAAAUAUUUAAACAUAACCUUACCCCCAAAAACAUUUUAAUGUAAAAAUGUGUUAAAAAAACACAAAACUUAAUCUUAUAAAAAUAUGUUUUCAUUUCAAAAAAUGUUAUAUCCCAAAAAGUUUUUUUUUUUUUCCUGGAUGAUUUUAUUCCCACUUCAUUUUUGUCAUUUGCUUGAUGUCUGUUGCAAGGUGAGGGUUUGUCAUUUUGGAUAAGUUUUCAUCGUAGCAGGUGGAGUGUCAGAAAACAGCACAUGUAUGAAGCAAUAAGUAGGACUUGAGGAUGUACAAGACAUGUAAGAGAUGUAAAAACUGUACAAAAUGAACAUUUGUGUAAACAAUAAAAAGGAAAAAGAGCAAAUAUAUUAUAGAAAUUAUUAAUAAUGUUAUUAGCUUCAUAUGCAAAAGGUUCAUACCCCAUGUGUUUUAUAUUGUGAAAUAAAUGGUGAUGUUCAUAAAAACUUUA